GCGAAGUUGAUGCCAUGCAAUAUAUUUGGAAACUGUGUGGUUUUGUUUUGGUUGAGGUGUUUGAGAUUAAUGAUUGAACAUGGUGGUUUUAUUCGUUCCUGCUUGUAAUCAUUCAGUCUGUGAGGAGAGACUAUGGAAACUGACGGAUCUUUUAAGUGAUGAAGGUUACACCAUCUUAGAAAAUGUGUUCACUGGUUCAAAAGCAUCAUUUUUCAAAGAAAGUAUUGAGAAGUCAUCUUUCACUAUCUUACACAAAUGUCCAGGCCUGUGGAAUUUCAUACGAAUAGCAGACUUAGAUACAUUUUUAAGAAAAAGAUCAGAUCUCUACACAAAGUUGUUGUGUGUCGAGUUCGGAGGCCUAGCGUUCAACAGUCUUGUUCACGACCCUCCCUCUUUUCAACGGUUCGAACAAUUCUUCGAGGAUCUGAAUGUUCAAGAAAUAUCAACGGAUCUCAAAGUAACGAGAUUCGUUCUUUAUGUUCAAAAGAUCUUAUCAAGAACUCGAAAAAGAUCGGAUAGCUCGACCAGGCCCAAGACUGCCUUGCUCCGGAGCCAGGGGAGCGUCUCGGCCAGAUCCCAGAUGCUCUCUGAGAACGUGGAGAGCAAGGAGAGAAAGUUUCUGCAGAAGCUGCAUGACCUGAGAGAGAAGCAGGUCAAGCGGUCAAGCAAGGACGAUGGAUCGCUGGUACAGUACUCAUCUGAUUACACUUAUGUGUUUGCCAAAGUGAUAGGAGGCAGGGAAGAGUCAACAAGGUUACUGAACAUAAACAGACUCACAACAUUUGAUGAGCUGAAAGAACACAUCAAUGAUGUCCUACGUACCAAUGAGACGGCAUUAUGCAAUCUGCAGUUUUUAAUACAUAAGGCUCUGCCAGAGUUAUACAGUAGUGACAUGCUGCUUGGCCUUGUCACAAUAGCAACGUGUGAUGAGCUUGAUUUACAAAAGCACGCGCUGAACCUGAUAGAGCGUCUUGUUCUUAAAGGGAAGUUGCAUGCCCCUGACACGGGCUUUGAAUUGCUGGUCACACUGAAGGUUACUCUUAUCGACUCCAUUGACCUUAUGAGACAAUCCAAAACCCAAACAAAACUCCAGGAAGAGUUCAUCAAGAGAAAGUGCCUUCUGCUGUAUUGUGUCCAGAUGGAGAUUCUGCUGAAAUCCCAGAGACUCGAGGACGUUGACCAGCAGACUCUCAAACUAAGAUCAGAUCAACCGAAACUUAGUGUUGAAAAGUACAUUACGGUCACACAGUCCUUUCUUAAUCUACCCGUGGAGGAAGUCAGACAGUUUUUGGAAGAUCUGCAAUCCCCCAGUUCAAGGAGAGUCAGUGACAUCAACAGCCUGAUGAGUCAGCGAGACUACAAGCAGUUCUACGUACUUGUGCAGCAGUUUAAGCGAAUGUUUACAAGUGGAGGAGAUGAAGACAUGCAAUGCUUGGACUACAUAGAAGCUUAUUUGACUUACAGGCCGGGUUUAACAGGGCGCAGCCCUCCACCGCUGUGCAUCGAGCUCAUACAACGAGGCAUUUUACAAUUUCUUUCGUUCAUCUCAAAGGAAAGUGUAAAACAGAGCAUUGCAGUUUUGUGCAGGAAAACAUUGAGAAUUAUUUCCCUUUUAAAGCACAAGAACAAUUUGAGCGAGAUUUCCAGGUCCCUCAACAGCUUGAUGUUUUAUCCCAAUGACGUGAUCCGUCAACAGAUUAUCGAUUUCUUUGAAAAUGACAAGGACCUUAAAGAGUCAGUGGAGCAGCGCAGCGUACACUUCCUACAAGAAAUGUUUCCGACACUGAGCCUUGAUCCAGAGGACGUCGACAAGGCUUCUUCGUUGUCUGUGAAAAGCUGGUUUAAGCUGCCAGGUCACUUCAUUGAUAAGCCCAUCAAGCUCUUCGUCCACAAACCCUCAAGAAACGAUCACUACCGAAACAACAAAACGGACUUUGUAGCCUACAAAGAUUUGAUGAAACUGCGUAACAUAAAGAUGCUGCGCAAUUUGCAACAUGAAAAUGUGGUGACCUUGUACGCAUAUAAUAUUGACAGCAUUCCAGAAUUCUUCGUCAUUGAGAAGCACUGGGAAAAACAGUGCAAGAACCUGCAGCAUUACUUGGUGAACCGAAGACUGACCAAAAGAUGGUGUUCUGUAAUAACUUUGAACAAGUUUGUGUGUGAGGCUGGUGCUGCCGUUGAAUUCUGCCACUCAAGGAAUAUAAUUCUAAGGGACAUCACUGCAGCCAGUUUUAUAGUCACAAAAGACAACUCUGUAAAGUUGUGUAGAUUCUACUUGGCCAUGGACCUGGGAACAAAAGCUGAAAUACAAGACGAGAUAGGGGACCACUUCUUGUUGCCCACAAGAUGGAGCGCCUCUGAAUCUUUGUGGAGGUAUAGAUGGUCCAAAAAAUCUGAUGUCUGGAUGUUUGGUACUUUUAUUUAUGAAGUGCUCACACAUGGGCUUUUGCCCUACACCCAAGUGAACAUCACUGAUGUGGAACUGAAACUACAGAUGCGCAUGGGUACCAUCAAGCUUCAGAAGGAAGACUGCAUCUCCGACCUCUAUGAAGAUAUUCUCAGCUGCACUGACAACUUAGAAGCAAAUCGACCCACCAUGUCCAAGAUAACUGAUUCACUCAUGCGUCACAAAAAAAGUAAAAAAUAAAAUAUGAUCACUUUCCCCAAACUUGCUGAUGGACAGUACAAGACUUCCACCAAUUUCUCUAAAGGAAUUCCGAAGCUUUAUGUAAAUGAGUUUGCUGGAGUUUACUUUCAAUUUCAUCGCGACCUAUCAGUCAACUUGAAGCAGUAUACAGACAUGAGCCAACAG